UAAGGGGGCCUGAGAGACAGGUCUGCAAGGACAAGAUUUUCUGUACCCUUUCAAAAGAGUCUCAAAAUCUCUAUCAUAUUAUUCAUAUUUUUCACUCAAAUACAUAUACAUAUAUACACACAUAUAAUUCAAUUCAUAUAUAGUACUAAUCAAACUUAGUUUACAAAAAAAAAACACCCUCUUAUGAAAGAUCAAAACUUUAUUAUAUCAAAGAUGGAUUUAUUAUACAUCUGAAGAAAAAGACUGCACCUUUUUUCUUUCUCUUUCUCUCUCUUUGACAAGAAAGCUUUGAUCUUUAAUAUAAUCUUCUUUUAAUUUUUGUUGGGUGGUGUCUCUAUCUUUGGAGCUCUCAUAAAGUUUUCUUUUUUAUUUUUUUUAAGGUAAUUAAUAAUAAUCAAAACUAACCUCUUUUUUUCCAAGUCCUCUGUUUUAGUAUUUUGCUCAUCACUAACUUCAUCAAAGUUUUGUUCUUUCCUCUCUUUCAGAUGAUGAGAAUAUAGUUUGAAGAUCAUCAUAGUACUCAAUCAUCAUCAUCAUCAUCAUCAUCAUCUUCAAUCACAUAUACAUAUAUAUAUAUAUAUAUAUAUAUAUUUGCAUGGCUAGUCAUAGAGUUGUAGAGACAACAACAGGUUUAUCAGAUUCAGGGCCAUAUGGAGUUUUUCAUCAUAACAUGAAUAUUAAUACUCCUUCAACUAGCUUCAUUAAUCAAGAUGGGUCAUCAGCUUUUGAUUUUGGUGAGCUUGAACAAGCAAUUGCUCUUCAAGGAGUUAAAAUAAGUGGUGGAAAUGAUCACCAUCAUCAUCAUCAUGAAGUUAAUAAUAAUAAUAAUAAUAAUAAUAAAACAACUUUAUUCACAACAAGCAGUAGUAACACUAACAACAACAACAACAACAACAGACCUGCAGCUACUCUGGAAAUGUUCCCUUCAUGGCCAAUGAGAUAUCACCAAACCCCAAGAGCAAGUUCAAAAUCUGGUGGUGGUGGUGAUGAUAGUACAGAUAAUUCAGGCUCAGCCAAAGCUGAUCAAACCCAAUUGGAAUCUGAAUCUCCUCUUAGUAACAACAACAUUAAUAAUAUCAUUAAUCAUAAUCAAAAAAACCAACCUAGUUUUGAUUAUGAUCAACAACAACAACUCCAAGAAAAUAACUCAUCAAAACUUCAGUCAUCAAAUUCCAAACACACACAAGAAAAGAGAAAGGGAGCUGGUUCAACUUCAGAGAAGCCACUUGAUGCCAAGACUUUGAGACGCUUAGCUCAAAAUAGAGAGGCUGCAAGGAAAAGCCGUCUGAGAAAAAAGGCUUAUGUACAACAAUUAGAGUCAAGUAGAAUUAAGCUUACUCAACUUGAACAAGAUCUUCAAAGAGCUCGAGCACAGGGAUUAUUUUUGGGUGCUUGCGGUGGUGCUUCCGGCAAUAUCAGUCCAGGUGCUGCAAUAUUUGAUAUGGAGUAUGGAAGGUGGCUAGAAGAUGACCAACGUCAUAUGACUGAGUUAAGAACAAGCCUUCAGGCACAUUUGCCUGAAGGCGAUCUUCGUAUGAUCAUUGACGGUUACAUCUCACAUUAUGAUGAGAUAUUUCGGUUGAAAGCCGUGGCAGCCAAGUCUGAUGUCUUCCACCUCAUCACUGGAAUGUGGACCACCCCGGCCGAGCGCUGCUUCCUUUGGAUGGGCGGGUUUAGACCCUCAGACCUCAUCAAGAUGUUGAUAGCACAAUUAGACCCGCUAACUGAUCAACAACUAAUGGGGAUAUACAGUCUCCAACAAUCAUCACAACAGGCCGAGGAAGCUCUGUCGCAAGGACUGGAACAAUUGCAACAGUCCCUCGUUGAUACCAUUGCCGGGAGUCCCGUAAUCGUCGAUGGUAUGCAACAAAUGGCUGUUGCCCUAGGCAAACUUUCCAACCUAGAAGGCUUUGUUCGUCAGGCUGAUAAUUUGAGACAACAAACACUUCAUCAGUUGAGAAGAACAUUAACAGUGAGACAAGCAGCCAGAUGUUUUGUUGUGAUUGGAGAAUACUAUGGUCGUUUAAGGGCUCUUAGUUCUCUUUGGGCUUCUAGACCAAGAGACACCAACAAUAAUAUUAAUCAGAGCAUGGUGGUUAAUGAUGAUACGACGUCGUGUCAAACUACAACAGAUUUACAAAUGGUUCAUCAUCAACAUCCACAUGAUCCCCAUCAUCAUCAUCAUUUCUCUUCCUUUUAAUUAUUAUUAUUAUUAUUAAUUAAUUAGAAUUAUAUAUAUAUAAAUUAAUUAAUCCUACUUAGCCACACCAUGCAUGGAGAGAUUUGGAGAUAAUAAUUAAUCUCUUUCAUCUAUAUUAUCUCUCUAUUUCUUUACAUUGGCUUUGCUUGGAUUUUCUUAAAUAUUAGUAGGACAUAUAUAUAUAAAUAUUUAUAUAUA